CUCUGUCAAUAAUUUCUUGAACACAAAUGACUGUUUAAAGAUUAAAUGUUUCCCUAAAAUUUAAAAGUUCCCUCAAAUAAUAUCGUUUCAAGAUCCGUGUACUAACUUUAAAUACAAGCUUAUUUUUACCCUUUUAUCGCCAUCUUCACUUGUUUGAUUUUGCCAAGCAAAAACUUGCUGGAGAGUUUUUUUUUGUGUUUCACCAUUUUACACAUACCUAUUGAUUUAUCACGACAAGCUUUUACCGCAGUAAAGCAUAUCAGGAUCGAACACAAAACAAACCACCACUCUUAUCCUCCCCGGUUGGUGGACAAAUGAUUUUUCGAACGAAUGAAUUCCGCUCAACACCUUAAGUCAAUGUAUUGCACUCCGACAAAAAAACAAACCCCUCCUCUGCACACUAUUUCAAUCUUCCAAUAGCAAAAGCUAAAUAGAAGCAGACUAGCCAACUGCCCGUGUAACAGAGCAACGUCGCAAGAUCAGAAGGUGUGUUGUGCCUUUUUCCCUCACACCCAUGUGUCUGGCACUGGUUGUUCGGAAAACAAGCCGACCACAGCAAAAAAAACACGCUCGGGAAAUUCGCUACACCAAGAACACACAAUCAAACACACACAUCCAUACAUACCCGCUGUGUGUGAGUACGGGAUUAAAAAACAAGCACCUAAAGAUGUGGAACUGGCAGCAUAAAAAAGAACGCUAGAGAGAAAAAAAUAAAUAUACGCCGGCCCGCGCGCCGCACACACAUAAAAAUGGCAUCAUUUAAUCAUUCCUUAUCGCGUGUGUCCCCCCGGUCGUGUCCCCGACGGUGGAGGCUGCACCAGCGGAAGGAAAACCAAACGGUUUGCUGUGGAAAGCGAAAGAAGCAAAGGGAUGGAGAAAAUUGUACUCCCGGGACCGGAGCUUAAGGCCGCGGAAGCGCGUCGAACCGUGGGAGCAGGUCAAAGAGAAAAGGAGAGUGAGAGAGAGAUUUUUAAAAAAUCGCUCACACAUACACACACACAGAGCACAGAGUCCCAGCCUGUGGGGAGCACGUGCUGCAGAUUCGGUGCUGCAAAACCGACGCCAGUGCGAUAAGCAUUACCGGUGUGCGCUUUUUUCUCCGCGCCGCGCUUUCCCGCGUCACAUUCACGCACGCACGCCGAAGAAAAGGCCGCGGAAAUGUCCACUUUAAAGCAGCGCACCGGUUUGCACGGAACACAGCCGGGAAGCUGAGGGGCCAACUAUACUUCAACUAUUAUUUAAUCUACUUCUCGGCAGCGUGCUCUACCUGGGCACAGGGGUCCUCCCGUAGACGCUUGCAGCACCGGAAGGAACUGAGGUAAAAUGGUUCGGAUGCAGGAAAACUUACCGAAAAUGGUUGGGGGAGUUGCUUGGCCAAAAAAAAGACGAAAAAAUCGUGCGCUGAAAAACGGGUACGAUAAGAAACUGUUAUAUAUAUAGAGUACUUUACUCUUUUUUUCUUAUUCCUUCGUUUCGCUUUCAUUCAUACCCAUCCCCCACACUUCCAAACACUGCGCAGCGGUUCAUCAUACAAAAGGGGGGAAAAGGAUAACUUAAUCCGCUGGCCAGAGACGCUUGCUUCGGUUGGGAGAUAGUGGCGGCACGAAGCAAUGGCGGUCAGCAAGACGACCGUUUCAGGUGCAAAUGUCACCUUUCUGCACUGCUCCUAUCGUUGCGUUUAGUGUUUUUGGAAAAAAAGUUCAACAUUUUUGUCACAGCACAAGUCAAAAGGAGCAGGUUUGCGCAAAAGCGAUAAGAAAUUCUUUUGACAUAAACUACCGAGAGUCGCUAACAUUUUACGUAUAAAAUAAAUCUGAUCAACUAUAUAACAAUUACAUAACCAUGUGCGAUUGAAAAUAAUGUUUUUGCACAAAUCACGAAAAGAUAAAAAAUAGUAAAAUUUAAAUUACGUAGCCAACUAGCUGAAAAUUCUUGUACGAAGCUUGCAUUACCAGCCACCAGAUGCGCUAAAAUGGCUCAACAUUACACUAACGAGUAAGCUUCGUGUACCCCGGCCUUAAUCUCUGAUACCCAUCGCUAGCGCUUACUAGCGACAUCUAUUGUUGGGUGUCAGGUUUAAUGAUCGCGAAUAUGACAUUUUUUAGACGCAAAUUGCAGAUUAUUGAGGCGCUGUUACUGAAAUGUGCAGUGAAGUAGGAUUGUUCUUUUAAAAAACUUUGCGUUUUUUUUUUCAAAAUUUCAAAAUCCGAAACUAUACAUGCAAAAUGUUUCAAUUCAUACCUACAUAAAGCCAACGAAUAAAUGUGUAACCGAUUAGAAACCAUUUGCUAGAAGAAAACACCAACAACUCUGCAACCAUUUGGCUAAACGAUUCCUUCGGCCACUGAUAUCCACUUUAAACUGUAACCCGCCACCCGCGCAGAACGUUAAAAUCGCCAUCAAACUCCUAAUCGAAUCACCAGCACACCAUCUCUCUCGGCCAAACGGUACACGACGGAUGCUGCUGCAUGCCGCACGAUAAGAAGGCACCGUAAGAAACUGACGACCGAAGCAUUCAUUGUACGUCCGUAAACGAAUCGGCUCAUCGGAUGGUGCAGUUGCAGGCAAGCAGGGUGGAUGAAUUUUCUUAACACUCCUCUCAUCACCUCCUGUCCUGCUUCCAACCAGCAGUCGAAUGCAAGUUUGCAUUUCCCGGCACAGCGCCGUAAAGCUUCAUGGCGCAACACAAAUGUGCUACAAAAUGGUGACACCGAUAAGGGUUGAAAGUUUUCCUCUAUAAAAAUAGCAUUCCUUAUCGCUUUUCACUUUUUGGCACGGCUUGCCAGGUUGCUACUUGAGCGUCUUUGCACUCCUGCGUCCUGUGCUACAAAGGGCUGUUUCCUUGUUGUUUUUUUUUUUUUGCGCCCAGACACACGGAAAAAAGUAAACAAGUUUUAAGCAUUAUUUUUUUCCUGCAAAUGUGUGCAAAUGCCCGAAAACUGACAUAAUCGCGCUUAGGAUGUAUUUAAGUUUAGACAGUUUGCUCGAAAAUGUUAUCGUACUUAAAGAUCAAAAUAACAUGAUAACAUAGUGGUUAUAGUAUCUUGUUUAUCUGAUUUGUAUCGCCUAAUGUAGUCACUCUAGCCCUUAAACCCUUUUGUUCCCUCAUAAAAGGCUCACUCCCUUCAGUUGCAACACCAGCAACUGUACAGAUACCCACUUCAGAAACAAAAAGAAGACACAACAACAAAAAAUGAUAUCUAUUGCAAGAACUCACUUAAAUCAAGCUCAUAAUUAAUUCUCAUUCCAACAUUCGCGCACGAUCCCCCAGUCUUACCACUACAAUGCUCGUAACGCUUACGCACGUAACGCUUACGCAGGUGUGAGUGUUCCAGAGAGAGCGCAGACAACCCGCGCGAAGCGGUUAGGGUUUAGCGUUUGCGCAUCCAUUCAUGGUCAGUUAUUUGUGGGAACGGUAUUAGAGCUGCACGGGCAGGCACAUCAAUUGAACUUCCUCCGGUGUCUGAUUAAUGCGAGUCUGAGGCUGAUUAGUACGGUGUGAGCUGUCGAUCGACGUAGUCUAGUGUGUGAGCUUUACUUGCAGUGUGAAACAGAUCGUGGUGCCGAAGGAAUAUCAGACCGGAACUAACAUCCGUACACCAAGCUUCACGAUGCCGGAGCAUUCCAAAACCGGAAACUGCAGCCAGAUACCAAAGGAUAAGAAACACGAGACAGCCCCACCUUCGCGUCAGGCUAGCGAGAAGAAGCAAAAAUCGCAUAACCAUUCAAAUCAUGCCUCGCCGCAAGAAACCAACACUUCAUCACGCACAUCUUCAUCGUACACUAAACACACGCGAGGCAGCAAUAGCAGUCACGAUAUGAAAUUGCGUGCAUUGAAAAAAGUGAUCUGUAACAAAUGUGGCAAAGACAUACACGAAAAAUUCCAAAUAAUUCACACGAAAAAUUGCCAGCGUAAACGGGAAUCGAACAACAAGUAACCACAUGUUGACGUGUAGUAAAUAAAUAAAUUAUUUUAUGAAAAAAAAAACCCAAAGAACCAUUUGCAUGUUUUAUUUAACAUUUACAUAAAUUGCUCGAGUUGUUUAUGUAAAAACCUUCACAAAUCGGUAUGUCUGGUAAAUCCGUAUAAUCGGUAUCCGGUAUAGUAUUGAAACUACGUUCUACAAAAUGAAACAUUGGCUAGCCGUCAUCAUCGGGCAUCGUCGUAGCCUUCAACUCAGACCCAGCCACGAUGUACCACACACUAUCAAAUGAGACUCAACGUGCGCCACCGAGGAAGCUGCCGUUUUCCUGUUCUUAUUCUUACAUUAUCGCACCCACCUCGCCUGGGUGCUGCUGCAUUCUUUUCAUUGCCACGUGUCAUUGCAGGCUGUGAGACACGGCCAGUUUUUUUCUCUACUGUGCGUUUGUACGUGAAUGUGUUAAGAUUUUGUAUUUCAUUUCAUUUAACCUUCUUACGCUUAUGAUUCCAAAACGAAACUGAAACGUCUAAAAAGCUGCAUACCUAUAGUUAUUAUUAGAUUAGAUUAAAUUGAUUCCGUGCGAUUCACUCGAAUGUCAAAGGGUUCUUCUUCUUUGGCUCAACAACAGAUGUCGGUCAAGGCCUGCCUGUACCACUUAUGGGCUUGGCAUUUAGUGACUAAUUGAUUCCCCCCAUAGCAGGAUAGUCAGUCCUACGUAUUGCGGCGUGGUCUACUUGGGGAUUGAACCCAUGACGGGCAUGUUGUUAAGACGUACGAGUUGACGACUGUACUACGAGACCGGCUCGUCAAAGGGUUAGACUGUGUCUUACAAACAGCGUCAUGAAAUGUCAAAGGAACACUGAAAUCUUUUCUUCCGAAUCCACGUGUACAACAUUUAAUAUUUCAAUUACUGUCACACACCGUGGAAAGAUCAACACACGUGUUUUUUUAUUGAUAAGUAAUGGCAUCAAAUACAAUUAAACGAUAGAAUAACAUUUAACAUUUAUUGCUAAGCUAUACUAAAUGUCGUGUGGAGCACCCGAAAGAGGGUACGUCCCUCGAUUCACUGGACAACACACUUUUCCCCCCUCAUUGACGAGCCAUCAUCCGUGGCGCUGGGCGUCAGUGGUCAGUGUAUCAUAAUUUCACAAUUAUCAAUCGUUUUUUGACCACCAACUUAGCGUUUUAACCCGCUGCACUUAACAAAGAAAAUCAAUCAAACCGGCAAGGGUCUCGCCGCAUCGACAUGUUCACAUAAGCAAAUCGCACCAACACUAACAACCGUGGCUUUGCGCAACCGAAACUGUGUUUGUGGUCGGACUUUUACAGGACCGUGCGCGCAUGUGUCAUAGUGUGCGUGUGCGGCUCAAAUAUGACAGCUUCGCGCGACACCGGUUCGUAGGAGCUCGCGCAGCAGCCAGCCAUCAGAUAAAGGCAAGAUCCCGAAGCGAUAGCAUCGGAAAAGGCAAGACUCUACCUCAUAAAACAACUUUGGAGAAAAGUCAUAGCAAGAUGGAACACGCUCAAGCGAACAAGCUACAAAGCAUCAUUGAAAAGAAACGUGCAGUGGUAUCUUGCAACACGCCUCAAGUAAUAUCGCCUAAAAAGAAGGAAACUAUUUUUCUGUCAAUGCACGAAGCAAACCCCUUGGAGAUAUCGAUAGACGAAGAGUUUAAGAUGACUGUACUCGGACGUGACGCGUCUCCAGCAGUUGAUGAACACGUACAGACUGUGUCUACAGGACCAAGGGUUAAGGCACAGCAGUGCGCUUUUUCAUCAAGACACUCUUCCGAAAUGGGUGGUUAUAUAGCAGAACCAACCAGCAAUGUAAGUUGUACAGGCCUUACAACUGAAGCAAAAUUGUACGAUAAUGAUUUCCAGAAUAAUAUCUUUAUUACUGAUUCAAUCGUAAACGACGCAAAUUGCUUGGGUUUACAUAACAAUAUUCAUAGUACUUCAAAAGUACCAGCAGAGAGCACUUCUGUGCCGAGCAAUAUUGAUAAUGCUCCAAAGGUGUCAACAACAACCCACCCAAGCACUGAUGCAACAAACGAUUCUUAUGUCGGUAUUGGUUCAUUUAAUGUAAAGAACUCAGACUGCACUAGGGUAGAGUCGAAUACUGAUUCGUACAUUCAAGCUACACCAUGUUAUCCAACUGAUAUUGCAGUGGUGCGCCAGCAACCGACCAAUGUAUUAAACAAUUGUUCAGCAUAUGCUAGCGAUACCGAAGAUAAUUUUUUCUCCAACCUAUCAACACAAGCACAAGAUAAUGUACAAAAUGAAUUGGGUUCUGGAGACGACAGGGCGUUCAGCACUAUCUCGAAUGAUAUUGUAUUUUCUUCCCAGAGCAACGACGACAGUUACUAUCCAAAAUCAAUAGAAUAUGAUUCUUCGGAUUCCAUAAGCACUGAUGCUGAGAAAAGUGAUAGCAAUGUAGGGCAGCGCACAAUAGGCACGGAGGGCUUUCAAAUAAAUAUAAAUUUGGAUUUAAUUGCUACAGAAACUUGUUUGCGGUGGAUCAAUUCUGACAAGGAAAAUACUCGACAAAAGCUAAAUCUCAUGCAAUGUGGUACCGAAAUUCUGAGCAAACGGUUCAAUUUGCAUCACAGUGAAUGUUCAAAGCUGUCUCUUUUAUCAUCAAUAAAACAAAUCGGUAACAUAAAUCAGGAUAGUCAGGAUAGAUCAUCAUCAUCAGAUCAAAUUAGAAUGAACCCCCUUUCUGAUGGAGCCAGUAGUCCAAACAUAAGUAGAACUUCGACAACACCAAUCGAUCAAGAUCAAUAUAUUCAAUCUUGCACACAAACAUUAGAGAAAAACAAACUAAAUAUAGAUAUCAUUUCUACCAUAACAUGUUUGAGGUGGAACACCAUUAACGCAAAUUCUACUCCGCUACAACAAACUCAAGCAAGAUUGGCCAGAACAGUAUUAAAAAAACGUUUCAGGUUGACCGACAGUCAGGCAUUUAAUUUAACGAUAGCUAACUUUAAACAGCUGGUUGAUAACAAAGCUUCAGCUUCUGAUAGGAAUGACAAAUUAUCCUUAGGCAAAGCAAUGCUACCGCAAAUGACGAAACAAAAAUCGAUCACAGAUGGGCUCAGUGUAGAAAUAGGCCAGUCCGCUGGGAAAAGAAAAACAAACUCAAUGAAAACCAGAAUAUUGAAGCGGCGUAAAUCAGUUUCUUUUGUAGACUACACUGUCGCUAGUUCUGAUGAAAACGAUGAGGUUCUUAAGGAAGUGGAUAAUGAAAGUAGAUCAGCGCGAAAACGUAUAUCUGAACUGCAACAGGAUCCUGAUUGGCGCCCAUCUCAUCGGCAUAAGAUCCUGAUUGGCGCGGCAAAGGAUUCUGAUAGCUCAGAUGAAACUAGAUCAGACGAUUUAAGUUUUGAGCAUGACCAACAUGUGCCAAACUAUCAAGGAAGAACAACGGUAGAGUCAUCACCUUCUAGCUCUGAUAAUGACGAUCUUGACGUAGCAAAUAGUAAUAAUGGUGAUUCAACGACCUUUCCAAUUCGUUUGUUUGAAGAUGACGCAUUACUUAGCCAAAAUAUGGACCUGGAUGCGAAAACAAACCCAAGUAAACCUACUGUUGCAUCUGCUAUGUUCACCAAACAAGAAAAUUUUACCCGCGAUCAGGUAGAUGAUGAGGAAACAAUUAAUCAAACAGAGAAAAGUACACUAGCGACAAAAAAAGUCCGUAAACCAAAGUAUGACUGUCCCGAGGCUGACUUUGACACACCUUCUUCUUCUUCCAUCGAAACUGAUAUGUCGAUAUGUCAGGACGUUAAUGCAAAUGCCAACUAUUCAAAUCAAUUUCCUACACAAGAGGAUACAGAGAGCCAACAACCAGUUUGUUCAACACUAUCUGCUUCACCUGCAUUAUCAAAUACGAAUCAGAAUUAUACAAAACCACAACUAGAUUCAUUGUAUGUUGCUUCAUUUGACGAUACCCUUGACGUUAAUGCUACUCAAAAUGCUACUAACAACAUAGAAUCUCAACAUACUUUAGAUGUGGACAGUAGUACACAUGCCCCGGCAUUAUGUGAAGAUGAUUUGGGCACUACAUCUUGUGAGCGAAAAGAUUCGGGUAAUUUUAACGAUCAUUGUCAAGCACAAAACCGUGAUCCAAACCAGACAAUUAGAAGAACUUUUUGCACUGUUGCUGUUGAUCAUCCAUACGCACACAUUGAUACUUUAUCGAAAAUGGAUACGCAGCAAUCCCAACUGCCUGCUUUGAAAGCUGUGUCUAGCACAGCAAACAAAAAUGAAUGUGUUAAAAAAGGAGCCGCAGAAACUACAACCGGAAACAUCAGUGUCGUACUGUCGGAAUCAAAAAAUAAGAAGCCCAAUAAUUCUCAUUUUGUAAAUAAACAUAUGAUCUACACAGAUUCUGUGAGCAAACCGACGAUAGAGUCAGAGCUAUUGACAACUGCGAAUCUUACAACAACUGAUAACUCCAUCACUUCCGCUCAAGACAACGAAUUAGGAGUUGCGCAAGCGAAGAAAAGAUAUCGUAUAAAGCACACGGAACGAAAGCAAAACCUAGAAACUAGCAAACUUAUUCCGACAAGCUCACCAACGAUGCCGCCUAAAAUUAACAUUAAACCCCAAAACAAAAAUAUACCCAGUAUACCCAACCGCCCAGUUUCAUCUAUAAAUUUCUUACUUUGUGAAAACGUGACUUCUAAUGAAAGAAUGAAUAUGCCGUAUAAAAGAAUGCCUCGUUUGAAGUACACGGCGUGUAAAAUCACAGGCGCAAAGGAUCCGACUUCAUCUGCAACCAACGACACGCUAGCUUCUGGUGACAGUUUGUCAGAUUUUGUUAUUCAUGAAAAACUUACUAAAAACAAUCCUGCCAUUAAUAGUGUCAUUACCACACAAAACGCUGACGUAAGCAUGGAAGGAAACGUGAAAACGAAAACACCAACAACACAACCGAUAGAUAACGUUUCAUUCGUGGUAAAGGGAAUCGAGGCAUCUAUUAAAACAAAUCUACCCCCCUCUAAAGAAAAUAUGUCUAAAAGUAGCGUACAAGUUGAUUCGCGAUGUACAGUAGCUGCUCCAAAAACUGCAGAAAUAUCUAGGUCUAUUGAUUCCUGCCAGUUAUUAACAUUGCAACCGAUAACGUGCGAAUCAAAUAAUGAACCGAACAAUUCGACGACCAAUGGUUUGACUCAAAUGUCAUCUCCUCCAGAGGAAAACUUAAAUGUAAAUAACUUGCACAGCCCGUCACUAGCUGAAGCAAACGUAAAAGAAAUACCAUGUAACAACACGCAACCAACAGCUUCAGAAAACAGACAACGUCACAUAUCCGUAUUGGUCACUGAUAAGUCUGAAGAUUUCCAUGCAGGUUCAAACCUUCUCUCAGACAAAAUUGCUAAUAAUAACCCACAAGAUGCUGAUCUAGACAAACAAAGAAACGAGUCUGAAAACAAUUCAAAUCCACAGCAACCCCAGGAAGAAAAUAUUAAGUCACAUACAAAUGCCAGAGAAAUUUAUGCAAAAGUAUGCACAAAAAGCCCGAAAUGCAUAUCUGUCUCUGGGAAAGACAUACAUGCAGAUUCAAUAGUAUGCACAGAAAAAAUAACCUGUAAUAGCACACAAAGUUCAAAACAUUCUCUUUCAAGUUUGCGUAACACCGAUCAAGAGAAAAAUCCGGGUCCUCGAUCUAUGAAAAGGAAGGCAAAUUCAGAACAAAAUAUUAUUGGUAAUGGUUCAAAAGUACCAACAGCGCUUGAUAAAAAUUUACUUACAAUUGUAGCCUGUCCUGAAAAUAUUUUACAUAGCUCACACGUAGGCCCUAAGUUACCCGUAACAUCUACUACGAAAUGUACUAGUAGAUGUAAACAAACUGGUCUCGCAUCACCGACGCUACCAUCAAUAUCAUCAGAAAGCAACCAAAAAAUUCUUUCCUCUGAUGACAUUUCAAUACAAAACCCUUCUCUUUCAAAAGAAGUAUUUAUUAACAGCGUGCAAACCCUGCAUGAAACAAACCCAAUAGUCGAAGAAAUGUCAAAGAACACUAAUGGGCAGAACAUAUCAGCUCAUGAAGAUUCUACAACUUCCUCUAGAAACUUUACAAGUAAUAGCUUCCAGUGCUCAGAAAAUACACUUCCGUAUAAGAAACGAAGGCUCAGCUUAAUGCUACAUCUCACACCUACUUCCUCGAAUACAUCGAUAGAGCAAGUUACAAGAUUUACGACAAAUUUAGCAUCUCCGAACAAUAUUUCAAGCAAAAGUUCAAGUCAAUCAGGUCCAAUCCAAACUACGGAAUCUGCAUUGAAUAUCGGUGGUGCAGUAAGAAAUAAUAUUAUAACUUCUUUUAGAAACACACAAACACAUCCUGAUACAAUACAUCCUGAUGAUGCAUUGCCAUUGAGCCACGCCAAAUUCAGCCCACUAACACGUCGACAAUCUCUUGAUAUUUACAGUCACAGUCAGUUUAUCCCAGAAAUACAAUCAAGACAACGGCAAUGUUCACACUUUCUUCCCCAAGUACUGUCUAAUAUAUCCAAUAACAACAACCAUUAUGAAACUACAGCUGAAAGUUCUUCUUUUGAUAGGGCGUUGAAAUUACAUCAAAACCCAACGAUUUUCUUAGAUCUACUUACUGUUCAAAACACACCUGAUCAACUACAGCUUGAUAUUAAUGAAUUUCAAAAUGCGCAAAGAGCAACAUCAACUCCACUCACCAAUUUAUCACGGACAACUUAUUCUACUCAAUCUUCAGAUCAAUCUAACACAGAUCAUUCUACAAGUUCUCGUCAACCACAACACUCAAACACGAAUACGAGUUCAAAGGCGAAUGUGGAAAGAAUCAAAGCCAAACGUAGGCGUGACAGAAAGCGUAAUCAAAGGAAUAUUGACACAUACGGUUCAAACACACAUCAAACAACAGAACGAUCUAAAAAACGAUCUGAUUAUGACAAUUUCCAUGUACGAGAUGAUCGAAUGAGAGAAACUCCAAAUAGUAUUCUUACACGUCGAAAAUCUGUAGCCACUUACACUCCAACUCAAUUUGCGCAGCAAUCAACGAUACGACAGAGAAGAAAUUCAGUCUACAAUUCCAAUGUACUGUCCAAUAUAUCCAACAACAAAAACCAUUAUAAAACUACAACUGCAAGUUCCUCUUCUGAUAGGGCUCCAAAAUCACAUCAAAACCCAAAACUUUGUUUAGAACCGCUUACUGUUCAAAACACACCAGAUCAACAACAGAGCGCGAAAGAUUCGCAAAGAGCAACAUCAACUCCACGCACCAACUCAUCAAGAACAUCUUAUUCUACUCAUUCUUCAGAUCAAUCUAUCACAGAUAGCUCUCAUGAUUCUUGUCAACCACAACGCUCAAACACACCUUCUGUGAAUCUGGAAAGAAGCAGGGCCAGACAUAGACAUGACAGAGAGCGUAAUCAAAGGAAUACUGACACAUACGAUCAAAACAGAACAGAACGAUCUAAAAAACGAUCUGAUUUUGACCAUUUCCGAGUAAGAGAUGAUCGAAUCAAAGAAACCCCAAAUAGUAUUCUAACACGUCGAAAAUCUGUAGCCACGUAUUACCCAACACAAUUGGAACUGUACAAUAUAUCCAUCAACAACUACGAUGAUAGAACUACAGUUACAAGUUCCACCUCUGAUAGGGCUCCAAAAUCACAUCAAAACCCAAAACUUUGUUUAGAACCGCUCAGUGUUCAAAACACACCAAAUCAACAACAGCGCGCGAAAGAUUCGCAAAGAGCAACAUCAACUCCACGCACCAAUUCAUCAAGGACAUCUUCUUAUUCUACUCAUUCUUCAGAUCAAUCUAUCACAGAAAGCUCUCAUGAUUCUUAUCAACCACAACGCUCAAACACAUCUUCUGUGAAUUUGGAAAGCAGCAGGACCAGACAUAGACAUGACAGAGAGCAUAAUCAAAGGAAUACUGACACAUAUAGUCAAAACAGAACAGAACGAUCUAAUGAUGACAACUUCCGUGUACGAGAUGAUCGAAUCAAAGAAACUCCUAAUAGUAUUCUAACACGUCGAAAAUCUAUAGCCACGUACACCCCAACACAAUUGGCACUGUUCAAUAUAUCAAUCAACAACCACCAUUAUAGAACAACAGCUACAAGUUCCACUUCUGAUAGGGUGCCGAAAUCACAUUUUCCUAAUUCUCGUCAACGACGACGCUCAAACACAUCUUCUGUGAAUAUGAGAAGAAGUAGGAAAAUGCGUGGUAAACGUGGUGGCAGAAAAGCAAACCGAAAGAGAUAAAAUUCAGUCUGCGAUUGCAAUGCAAUUAUAUUUAUCACACUACGUGUAUAAUAGGCAUUCGACAUCAAGCGUCACAACAGCUUCGGCUAAGUUUCCAAAUUUGUGUCCAGACGCAACCUUUCCCUCAGCUGCUCAACCAGCUCCCUAACAAUGACCCUAACAUGACACUAGAUGCACAAUAUUUCUCAUGGUAGCUCAACGUAAGACAAGACCUUUAACUGGUACAGAGCUCGCUAUCUUCAACCAUUCUCCUUAUAUCUCAAUUCCAACCUGGCUUUACCUUAGCAAAGGAUUGGCUAUCCGGCUGCGUUUCACUGAAUAAAGUCUUUAAAGCUUGUACAGACCGGCAGGUCCGCGUAUGACGUUUACGCCAAAUAGAAGAAGAUCUGUUUUCUCAGUUUUUGAUCCAGAAAAAUAAUAUCAUUUAUAUCAAACUAUAUUCUUACAUAUUAAAUACUGUUCCUCUGGAACUUGUCUCAUCCGUCGUUGGUAGCUCGAUCACUAAACAAGCAUUCAUUAUCAACUGUUACUUUAAAUACGUUUUUAUCUUGAAAAUCUUCUGUAUGCUUGAGGUGCAUUUACCUUACCUUGUAAAUAAAUGAAAUGUUACGCAACGGCGAUUCACAUAAUGUUAAUAGAAAUUCAUUUUUUAUAAGUUAAAAUGUCAAUUUAACAAACAACAACACAGACAGUGAGGGAUUGAUAGAGCCCUUUUUAGAAACACUUAGAAUUAAGCAAAAAUCUGUAUUAAUAAAUAGCAUUAUUUUGUACAGUCUAAAUUGUAUUCUUAUGUAACAGUAGAAACGAAACAACUAUGUACACAAUCGUAAGUAUCAAAAAUGAAACCUUAUCUUAAGCAUAUCAAAAUUCUUCUUCCUUUCAAAACGCUCUACUAAAUCGUUUCCGAAGAUGUUAGCUGACCAGCAUGGUUCGUUAGCAAUAUCUCCGCCUGGUGUUAGUAAAACCGAUUAUCUAAGCAUUAAAAUUCUAAUUAAAUUAUGGAUGCUAGCAUCCGCUUUAUCUCGGGCGUCCACCACUCCAUGGGCACCGUAGGACCCUGAUAACCUCCCUCCCUCCCGCUGUGUGGUUUAAGGUGUGGAAUGUAGUCUACCAACGAACAAAUGGGCUAGAAUUGAUCCUAUGUAAGGACAAAUAUCUCUGAAGCACCUCCCGACCUUCCAAACCUAUCUACUGA